AUGGUCGAUUCGUUCUCAGCUCGUCAAAAACUUGUUUCAUUAGAUCGGAGGACGAAACCGUUUUCGCCGACGUCGCUCAGGUCGACGCUGUCCACCACGAACCGUCAGGUGUCCGUCGCCAACGCAUCUUCGGCGAGUGGCAAGAGACGCGACUCGCUGUCCAGCUCGGCUGGAGCCUCGUCAGUACGUCGUCUCAUCGAAGUGGUCCGAACAACUCCAUCCAACAUGGGUCCAGUGUACAGUCGGAGAUUGUUGUGCCGCAACUACGUCACGCUGUGCCUUGGACAUGGCGCGGCCGCCGCCGCUUUGGUUCCGUUUAUGGCACUACAGGGUUCUAUAUCCGCUUGGUGGUGGCCGGACAAUUUGAAGCAGAAUGGUGGGUUUACCACCGUGACCACAGACAUUGGUUCUAUCCUGCUGUCUGCAAUGUUUGGCAUGGCAGCUAUGAGCGCACUGUUUGGGCCGACGGCCGUUCACCGCCUGGGCACCAGAACAUGUCUGGUGGCCGGUUACCUGGUGUCCGUCGCGUUCGUCACCGUACACCUGUACCCAAAGGUGGCGGUACUGGUGCCCGGUUACUUCCUGAUGGGUGCCUGGUUGGGAUGCUGGACGGCGUCUCGGACCGCUGUGCUCAUGGCGCUCGCAUCUAAAAUGGCAUACGUGCUGUCCGACCGAGAGGAGUGCGAACUCGAGGGAAACGGUCGGCGAGAAGCGGUGGCCAGGAAUCUAGCCAGGGGACUACAGGUGGCACACGACAUUGGCUUGAUUGCCGGAAACGCGUUCGUCGCGUACAUGAUAAGUGGCACGCGAACGGACGAUAUCCUCGGAACCAUGUUUGCCAGGGACGGUGGACCUGGAACAGAUCGGACUUGCGGUAGCGUUGCCUGCCCUCUGGAAAAUACGGUGGAAAUCAAGCUCGGGCCAACCGCCAACUUCUCGUCCAAUCAGACGGUCGCAUUGGUCGACGUUCGCAAUCACAUGGUCUUGCCUUGUAAAACCACACAGCUGUUGGCCAGCGUCUUCGCCGGAUGCUGUUUCGUCGGCGUCGCUGUCACCGCGACUUUCAUGACGCGCAUCCGACUUUUCGUGUACGCUUCAGCGUCCGAGAAACGAAAAUCGGACAGCGCCAGGUCGUUUGCGGCCGUCCGCGAUGCAUUCCGCAACACCAAACUUCAGCUCAUCGCUCCACUGUCGUUGUUCAUCGGACUUGAACAAGGAUUUAUCUAUUCCGAUUUCUCCAAGUUUUACGUCGUGUGUUCAGUGGGUGUGUCCAAUGUGCCCACAGUUCUGCUGAGCUUGGGUCUGCUUCAACUGGUAGCCGGGUUUACCGUGAGUCUGAUCCUGCAACACAUCCGCCGGUACCACAUAAUAGUGAUUGGGUUGGCGUUUCAUUCGUGUUUGCUAAUGGUGCUGAUGAAGUGGAAACCGUCGGGCGACGAUGCUGCGCUACUGUACGUCAUAGCAGCCGCCUGGGGCGUAUGCAAUGCCAUUUGGAACACACUGUGUUUCAACUUUGUGAUAUCCCUGUAUCCGGACUAUUGGCACGGGCCGAUGGCGCACGGUUACUUCUUUCGGUACGCGGGCAUGGCGCUGGCUUUCGGGCUGCACAGUGUCGUGUGCAACACCACCAAACUGUACUGCUUGUCGGCCGCGCUAGUGGUGGCCGUAGUGCUGUACGGCUGGUUGGAGUGGCGAUUGCAGCUGACCGGCAAGCGGCGACGGACCGCCAACCGUUCAUCAUGA